AAACUACGAACAAACGUAUACUGUAGAUCUACAGAGACAUCAUGAGAGCCACUGCAGCCGUCCUACUGGUCCUCUGUCUCCUGGCCCUCAGUCAUGGUGUCCUCUACUCAUAUGUCAUUGACGGCAAGCUUUCCAUGAUUGAGGUGGCAACUGAUGGUAGUGUCUUUGGGGUCAACUCUUUGGGUGAUGUUUAUACCAGAGACGGCAUCACGGCCAGUAAACCAGAGGGCAAUGGAAGGAGCAAUAUCCCAAUGGGUAUGCGCAUGGGCCACGUGACCUACGACCUGGGCUGUCUUUGGGUCGUGUCCAAGUCUGGCUUCACCAUGGUGUGCACACGUUAGCCUCUCCUCUGCAUCUGAAGGCCGUUCAGAAUCUGUCUAAAGUGCACAUGCUAACUCAUUGACCUGUCUUUCUGGAACAGACUUCUAAUCCUUCAUUCUAAAACCUGUUGCUCUAACUGUUAUUUUCAGUUCUUCACUGAUCUUAUUGACAUUAAAAAAAAUACAUCAAUGAAGAUUUUUCUCACAUAAAAUUGACCAGCAACAGCAUUAAAAAAGUUAUAUUUUCUUAAUCACUCCUUGAUUAACACUUCAAUAGAGCUUUGCCAUGGAUGCUAUUUGAUCGUAGUGUAAACUUGGGCAUGUUCAUGUUGCUCACAAUCCACAUGGGUUUUGCUGUGGUUCAGAGGUCAUCAAUAAGGGUGGAUGGAAUCCUUGUCAUUGCUUAUUAUCUCAUUAUAUAAUAACUUCCCGCAAAAAUAAAGCAUUCAGUUUGAAACUA